GCCAGGAGGGCACGAAGGAGGCCACAGGUGUGGCAGCUCAUCAGGGAGAACAUCUACACGCACCGUGCCCCCAAGGUGCAGGAUGAGGACGAUGUCAUGCUGUGCCACUGCCGGCUGCCCAAUGAUGGAGGUCCUGGCUGCGGGCCAGACUGCCUCAAUCGCAUGCUCAACAUGGAGUGUGUGCCGGGCUACUGUCCCUGUGGAGAGCGAUGCAGCAACCAGCAGUUCUCAAAGCGGCAAUAUGCAAAGCUGGAGAAGCGGCGAGCCGGAGCCAAGGGUUUUGGCCUCUUUGCCACACAGGACCUGGUGGCCGGCCAGUUCAUAGUGGAGUACAUUGGAGAGGUGCUAGAGGAGGAGGAGUACUUGCGGCGGAAGGAUUACUACCAGGAAUCCGGUCAGCGCCACUACUACUUCAUGAAUAUCGGAAAUGGCGAAGUCAUCGAUGCCGCACGCAAGGGAGCGCUGGGGCGGUUCAUCAACCAUUCCUGCAACCCAAACUGCGAGACGCAGAAGUGGGUGGUGCGCGGUGAGCUUGCCAUCGGCCUCUACGCGCUCAAGGACAUCCCUGCCGGCGUCGAGCUCACCUUUGACUACAACUUUGAGCGCUACGGCGACAAGCCGAUGCGGUGCCUGUGCGAGGCCAAGGUAUGCCGCGGGUUCAUCGGCGGCACGGGCGAGGCGGUGGCGCAGGAGCAGGACUUGGAGGAUCCGGCCGACGCCAGCGAGGACCCUGAGCCCAUCAUGGUGCUGGAGAAUGAAGCUGCCGAGCCUGCGCUGGUCGCCAUCCUGGAGUCCGAGGUCGGGCUGGCCUCUGAGUUUUGGGACGCCUCCGUCUGGCAGCGGUGCGUGCCCUCUGCUGUGCCUUCUUUGUGCUACUGUGGACCCUAA